AUGUUUGAUGCGAUGGGACGGCUGCUGGGAGAGCGCAGAUUCCACCUGAAUUACACGUCAGAUAUUUUGUGUAAUGACCAAGCUGAGAACAUUUUAGUUUCUUUAUGCUUAUUUUCUCCACUUUUUGGUAAUUAUUUCUCUUUAAAUGAGCUCCCCUUCGGGGUACAGCUGGUUCCGCAUGGCAAAAAUGUGCUUGUGUUUCGAAAUGGCGACCCGUUUCACAGCGGGCGUCGCAUGGUUGUGAACGAGAGGCAAUUUCAAACAUUUGAAGCUUUCUUAAACGAGGUGACUACCUGCAUCCAAGCCCCGAUAGCUGUACGCAACAUCUACACUCCACGCAAUGGCCAUCGUGUGACCCAGCUCAACGACCUACUGAACAAGGGUCAGUAUGUGGCUUGCGCGGGGACGGAAAAGUUCCGAAAACUUGAUUACCUUCACACUGAGGUUAAGCCGCCUGUGACCACACAAGUCAGAGACAGCCAACAGAACUCUCGCAAGCUAAAAGUCCCAGGCCGCUGGCGGGAAGAAUCUCACUUUCCUUGUAUAAUUCAUAUUUUUCGCAAUGGAGAUCUUAUGACACCACCUAUCCGGGUUGUUAUACCUCCAAGUAUCUUGAAGGAGUGGGAGUUGGUCUUAACCUUGCUUACUGAAAAGGCCAACUUAUACAAUGGAGCUGUAAGAAAGCUCUGCACUUUAGAUGGCGUUUCUAUCUCAUGUGGAGCUGAGUUGGUGUCUGGAGAAUAUUAUGUUGCUAUUGGAUCAGAGAAAUAUAAAUGUCUUCCAUAUGAAGAACUUCUAGGUCCACCUGGAGGAAACAAGAAUCGCCCUGGUGUUAAGCGCAGGAUCGCUAAAAUUGUGGAGGGUAAGGUCUAUAGCUUAUCACAAGAUGGCAUCAGCAACUCAGCUCUUAAUAGCUCUCCAACUCAGGAAGACACCCGUAGGACCUAUUCGACAGGUGCAGAACAUAAAUUUCCGAGCGUCAAACACACUGAUGAGGAGAAUUCUGUUUUCUAUGCUAAACCUGUAAGGGUGCGCCCAACUCGAAAACUAAAGGCUAAUGAAAAAGAAAACAAAGAUGAAGAUGGAGUAUUUAAAGUUAAAGAGACACGACAUGAAUUAGAUGGAGCUCAAGAAGUAAAGGAGGAUGCACAUACAAGGGUAGAGGUUCCAGUAGAUCAGAGGGAAGCAGAGAUUGUGCCAGAGGAAAAUAUUUCAUGUGAAAAAAAGGAGCACAGCCCAAAGAGGAAAUAAAGUCUGAGACCAGUGACAUUCAUAUUCACUUUCUCACCAUUCAGAAACACUGAAGACCUGUAUUGGGGUGUAUCCUAUAAUAUAUACUGUUUGGAAAAAUCUUCUGACUUUAUACAUUUAUUCCCAUGAGCUAAGUUUUGUAGUUGUUUCAUAAGAUAGCAUGUCUGAUAUAGUCCCUGUUCUAAUAUUAUUGUGUGGAAGACGAUAUUGCAGAAUUUGCUCCAGCAGGAAGGACGUCUCUGACAUAUUAAAUGUUAACAAUUUUUUUGUUGAAUAGUAAUUAACCCCAAUUGCAUCCAAUGUUUUUCAAUAAUUAAACAAGGGGUUGAAUAACUUCUAACAUGUGCCAAAAGCCAGUGCCGGUGUUUGUCUUUUCAGACUUAAAGAUUUUUUUUUCUAGUUUAUAUUUUUGCCGUAUCUACAGUCCAUAAACACUAUGACACUCCAGGAAACCCUGUUGAUGACAUCAUUGGAAUUUGGAGGAAAGGGGUCUACAACCCUCCACAAGGUUAUUUUUAUGAAAUGUCCUUUGACAGUGGAGAAUUGAAUUCCACAGUCAUCUCUAUGACAGCAUCCUUGAGAAAUUGCCCUGCCCUGUAGGGACAGGAAAAACAUGC